UAGUUAGAUGUGGUAAUAAAAGUAGUCAAAUUUAUUACUGAUAAAAAUAAGAUAUAAACACAUAAUUGACAAAAUGUAACAUACAGAAUGUCAAAUAUAUUAGCAUAAGUGAUAAUUGCAACAUAUGUCCUUGAAAAUCUACUAUACUUCCUUACAAAAGUUGUGUCAAUAAAUGAAAAAAAUAUGUUCUGGAAUUGGACAUAUAAAAUAUCUUACUGGUUGGUAAAUGAUAUUUUCAGGCCUAUACCAUAAUACUGUGAGUAAAAAAUGAGGAAACAGUAUGUUUCCAUUGGGUUUAGCAUGUAGAGAUAACAAAAGGUCAUCAUAGCCUGUACAAAAGACACAGGUCAUUUGCUCAGAUAACUACUCUAUGAAUACUAGCGGGUGUUUUACAUUGAGAUUAACUUUUGUCAAUAUUUCACUUGUAUAUUUUAUGUAUUUGUAAUCAUUUUAGUUAAAGGAAGGUCUGUUGGACUUUCACCCAUGAAAUUUACAAACAACUUGAAUAAUAAAAUUGUACUCUUUCUAUCACAAAAUUCAAUAAUCACCACGUGAACAAGCUAUUAGUAACCUUUAUCAUUUAAUAAAAUUGUGCAUGCUAUUUUAUUUAUACCAUUUUCAAACAACUUGCAGAUACUAACACUCCUAUUUAGAUCCAUAACAGUAGAUAAUAGCGCAACUAUAUCCACCAAGACAUGCGGUGGUAGUAUUUGAGGUGUUUAUAUAAAUUAUUAUAAUAUUCAUACUAAAAAUGAGAAUAACUGUUAUAUGGAACAUUGAUCUUUAGAGCAUUUUACAUAAAAGUUUUUGUAGAGGAAUAGUUUGUGAUAAAUUCAUAAAAUUAAUAUGUGAGAGGUCAUGUUUUGCCAAUAUCUGGCUAUUUAUUUAUUAUGUCAAUAAAUAUUUGCCCUUCACAUGAUAUGAGUAAGGUUAACAUUAGAUAUUGUUAUUCAAUUAAAGCAAAUCUAAAAAUCACCAUAUUAUAAUAUCUGAUAUUGUGCAAAGUACCAAUUUAUAUGUAUAUUAUUAUAAUCCGUAAUUAUUAUGCUAAUAGUAAAAUGUAGUGCAGUUGUUAUUCAUAUCAAGAAGUAGUCACCAAUAUUCAUUGAACAUAUAUUGCAUUAUUAUUGUCAUGUGUGGAAAUUCAAAUGGUUGUUAUUUCAAACAGUGUUCAUCUAUUUUUUUUAUUGAAACAUUUUCUAUUUCGCCUUCUGUCUUAUAUUUAUUCAGGUAGAAAUAGUAGAUAAGAUAGUAUGAAUGUUGUUUUCUUAUCAAAAUGUUAUUUGCAAUAAGCUUAAGAUCACUUAUUGAUAGCGACACUGAUAAAAGGCUUACAUUUUGAUUGUCUGACAAUUUACACUUGCACAGUAUAGCAACAUUUCUUAAUAAAGACUGUACUUUUGUUAGUCUUAUAUUUUCUAAUUUUCUUAAUAAUGCAUAUUUUAAAUUUAUUCAAUUUCAAGAUGAGUCUUGUCAAUUUAAGAUGUUUUAUAGUUAAUUUAAUUAUGAAAUUGCAAUGCUCAAGUGUCAGCCUCUGAUGGGUGGUGGUAAUGGAAGCAUGGUAUAAAACUUCGUUGGAAGGACAAGAUCAGAUUGAACAACGUCAUAUGGAGAUGCUGGCACAUGCAGUUCAUAAAGAAACAAAAUACUUUGGUGUGUCAGUUUGCUUCGCCAUUAGACGUUGAUACGCACGUGAAACCAGAGACAACAAUAUUAGAAGGAAAAUAUUGGAAAAGAAGGGCGGAAGCAGUUAUAGCAGAAUAUAAAAAAUGGCGCAAAUUUCACAUUAUGCGUCUCCUUGGCAAGGGGGACACCUCGGUUCAAGACACGGUUUCAGACAUGGACACGGUGGAAUCGUUCUCGCAGUGCAGCGACUUCGCAGCGAACAUGCUCACCGACGAGGACUACCUCAACUUCAUGACUGACACUCUAUUCUCCACCAUUACAAAUCAUCAGCCGUUCGCGUUCCCCGACUGUCGAGAGAUCGCACGAGGAGCUGGUCUGGCAGACUUCAUUCAGCCAAGUUUAGGUCCCUUGCAGCCUAACCUUGAUGAUUUUAUGGACACAUUGGAACCACUCCAAGAACUUUUGUCGACGCCGCGAUUGCCCCCUGUGCCGGAGGAGACAUCGGUGCCUUCCGAGGACCCUUUGUACAGGAGUAGUAUGUCAGUAGAUUCGUACACUUCGCAGGCGUUCAUUACGGUCACUCAGGCCAGCACAGUAGUCACAAUGCCUACCAGUCAAAUGUCUAUACACGGUACCAGCAACAAUACUCAAAUGAUUCCAAUGCCAGAGCAAACAAUUAAGAACGAGCAGAUGAGGAUGUUCGACAACGGCAGGCUAUUCACGCAGACGGAUAUACAAAAUCACAUUAUAGGCGCGCAAGAAAUGAUGCCCUACCAGCCCGUCAACUACGAACAGACGUCGGCACCGACCGACCAACAGAUGCACGCCAACGUAUACGUCAACAAAACUUCCAGGCUGCAGUAUGUCAAUGCGCCGAAAAUUGUCACGCAGUCUGACCCGUGCUAUAACAAGUACAAUGCUGUGCCGCCGUCUCAGACCGCGCCGGAGACGGUGUCGCUUCUGCAGCAACCGAUACAGAAGUAUCCAUCCAGCGUGGUGAUCCAGGGGCGCGGCGGGUACAGUCGCGACAAACAGAGGCCCACGCGGAUCACCCACUACGCGAACCAAGUGGCCAACAAUCAGUACCAGGGCUACGGGCAGCCCAUGAGCCAGGCGGGGCAGCCGGUGUCGCCGCAGGGCUACGAGCGGAGCGGCGCCGUGCGACAGUCCUCGCCGCAGAUGCAGUACCUGCAGCCGAGCCCCGACUCGUUCAAGAGCAAGCCGGGCCCGGCGCCGGUCAACGCGCGCUCCUUCAAAAUACCUUCCCCGCCCACUGUGACGGCCACCCCGCAGCAGGUGAGCAGUGCGGCGGGCGGCAGCAAGGAGCAGUUCCGGUCGCACAGCCUGCCGCUGGGCUCGCAGCUCAACGCGGACUGGUCCGUGUCUGCGCCCGCGCAUGCGCCCGCGCCCGACGCCGUCGCCACUCAUUCUGCCAGGGCCCGCGAGCCGAACCCGAGUGCGAUUCGCAUGCGGUCGCGAUCCACGUCCGGCGGCGUAGUGUGUGAGGCGGCGCCCCCCGCGCCUGCGCCGCGCCGCCCGCCGCCGCUCCACAGCGUCGCCUCCGAGCCCGCCCUGCCGCAGGCUAGCGUUAUGCUCGCGCAACUGCUCUCAGCACAGCACUCGCAAAGCUUGUAUAAAUUGAGCAGCAAUGAAGACGGAGCGGGCGGCAGUGACCCCACCAAGUCGCCGGUCAGAAGAGGUCAGCCCUCGCCCAUCGGUAGUGACAUUAUGUCGCCACAUCGGUCCGCGUCGCCGCCGGCGUCGCCCGCGUCGCCGCGCUCGCCGGUGUCGCCGCGCUCGCCGCGGGACGCGCGCGACUCGCGCGAGCCGCGGCGCGCGCACCUGCACGCGGAGCAGAAGCGCCGCUACAACAUCAAGAACGGCUUCGACACGCUGCAGGCGCUCAUACCGCACCUCAGCGCCAACCCCGGCGCCAAGAUCAGCAAAGCUGCUAUGUUACAAAAGGGAGCGGAGUACAUAAAGCAACUCAAGGCAGAAAGAAACCAAAUCAAAGAGGAGAUGGAAAGUCUACGUCAGCAAAUCGAGUGUCUUAAUAAUUCAAUUUCCAACUGCCACUCGCUGCUGCCGGCGACGGGCGCGCCCGUGUCGCGCGCGCGCGCGGGCCGCCUGCGCGAGAUGUUCGCGCGCCACGUCGCCAACCGCACCAUGCACAACUGGAAGUAUUGGCUCUUCAGCGUAGUGAGCGGCGCGCUGGUGGAGUCGUUCAGCGCAUGCGUGUCGUGCGGCUCGGGCGCCGACCUCGUGCGCACCACGCUGCUGUGGGCCGAGCAGCACUGCUCGCUCGUGGAGAUGAGACCCGCGGUGCUGAACGCGCUGCGCGUGUUGUGCACCACCACGGACAUCCUGACGACCCCGGAGCGGCUGCCCGAGGAGGCGCGCGCGGCCGUGGCGGCCAGCGCCGGCGUCAAGACUGAGCCCACCUAACGCGCCGCCACCACGCACCCGCCGCUCUACCUCACCACCGCCACCGCCACCAACACCACCAACAACACCACCACCACCCGCUCACAAGAACAUCCAAUGGUGUUUCAUUAUUCAUAAAUUAUAUUCAUAAUAGCUGUAAUCAGCUGAGUCGUGUUAAGCAACUAACGUGUAAGUGUAACAAUAGUAUAUCACGUUUUAGUUACUGCAUUUUAUUAUGACUCGAGCAGUUUUUUUCUCAAAUAAUCACUACAAGUGAAUACUUUUUGAUUAAUCUAAAAUGUAGCUACCAUGGUCCAUUAUUCGAUUUCGUUGGAUCGACUGAUGAUUCAUAACAAAUGUAUUCAAUUCGCGGUAAUGCAACUUUUUUAUAAAGCAGCUGUUACGGUGAUUUUGUUUGCGAGCGGGUGUCGUACACUCUUGUUUUAUUGUCGUCACAAUCGGCCGUAAAUUCUUAGAAUAGGUUCAGAGCGAUCGCAUUCGCAUGCCAGAAUAGAGUACUCAAUUUAGUCAAUUAUUGAAACGAGUACUUUAGACCGUGUUGUGUCUUUAUUGGCGUGAUUACAGCCCUAUUUACAUAUUAUGAUCAUUCGAAUAUGAAGAGUAGAUGCCAGUUUGCUAAUUGCUUUUCGAAGAAGCAAUUUUUCUCAUAUUUUUGCGACGUUGUGACGAUCUUAUUAAUUUAAUGUCUCGAUUAAAAAUAAUUCGUUUUUAUAGAGUACAUAAAUAUACUUAUAAAAACGAUCUACGUGCGCAUGUAUCUUAAUGAUAAAAUAUGUUGCCUUAAUUUGUGCCUUAAGUCGUUUCGGCACCGUGUAAAAUGACUUGUUAACUGAAAACCAAAGAAACGAGGAUCCGCGCGUGCGGAGCGUCGAGCGUGCGCGUCGAGCGUGCAGCGUCGAGCGUGCAGCGUCCAGCGUGCAGCGUCGAGCGUGCAGCGUCGAGCGGUGCUCAGCGACACCACUACACGUUUGAAAUGUGAUUUGUAUUUUGUACUUGGAAUUAAUUCUACAUCAUGUGUGUCCUCCCGUCCUGACAGAUUUCGCGUGAAUACCAAUAUAGAUUAAGUAAAAAAAAAAGAAUUUAUUUUGAACAUGUCGAGAUUUAAUUUAGAUUUACGUACGUACUCUAAGUAUAUUUACGUAAGUACUGUAAGAAAAUAUUUUUAUAUUGUGCGGUGACACAAAUGUUUUUAUAUUUCUAUAUAAAUUGGUGCCAACGUAAAUAUUGUUGUAAUUUGUUAUGUAGUGAUAUAAUUUUACGAUACAUCGUUGACUCUGGUAGCACGUUGUUUGUAAGUGCGAUUUGAGCUUUAAAACAGUUAUGUGCAAUUAUUGUUCUAUUGGAAAUACAAUUUGGAAAGAAA